AUGGAUAAUGAUGGACUGACCCACUGCAAGUUCGUGCUUGUCUUCGCCGUUGUCAUGGACCUCCUUGGCAUCACGGCCCUCCUGGUUGGGGUCUUCGCCGAGCUGGAGAUCAGAGGUCGUGAUUUCGGCGACUUGUUUGUGUACUCGGGGGCACUGUUGCUGUUGCUGUCUAUGGGAGGCUGGGUGAUGUGGUACAGUGGGAACAUCGAAGGUUUGACCUCAAAGAAAGAGCUGGGUUACAAGGCCAGUGCCGUGGACCGCCUGGCUCGCAACCUGAGCCGCCGCAUUCGCCGGACAAAUCGCAGCCACAGCACGCCGUGA